AUGGGACCCUUGGUUGAUCUUAAUUUGACUAGUUCAUCCGCCCCGACAGGGUCGGUUCCCGGGACCUCCACCAGCACAGCCGGAUCGAGUGAAAUGAGUCAUUCGUUCAUUUUGCCCCCAUCUUCACUGGCGGUCUCAGUCGGUUCGGGUGCAACAAACGGCCCGGCAAACAGUACCAGCACACCGAAAUCCCGUCCACAUCCAGAUUCAUCAUCUCAUUCUACAACACUGUAUGAGUCCGAAUUGAGUACUGGCAGUUUGCCGACGGAUGCCAACCAGUCCGGUUCCUGUGCAAACGACCUGUCCGGAUCAAAUUUAUCUUCCACCAAUACUGGGCUCACUCCGACAGUUCGAACUGGCGGCCGUACAUUGCGGGAGGCGAUGAAACGGCAUUACAAACGAGCCAAAGCGGCUAUGGCUGAUAACUCUUCCACUGAGCCUCAAGAGAAUCAUGACUUCAUCAUUGUGACCGCGGAUAACACUCAAUGGCAUUUUGAGGCACCCAGUACAGCGGUUAGAGACGAGUGGAUUCAACAGAUUGAUGCGGUCAUUCACCAGCGUCUUCGAUCUGGUGUUUCCUUGAUCCGAAACAGUACUGGAGCUCACAUUUCAUCCUCGGCGGACACGUCUACAUCGGGUGUGAACGCUUCAGAUCGUCUCACUCCGCAAACCGGUCGAAGUGGAGGUCGGCCCCUCAGUACCGGUGGAGGCCUGGCGGUAGACGGUCUUUUCAAACUCGGUGGAGGUGAAGAUGUUUGUGGUCAGGAGGAGGUGCUUCAACGGUUGUCCGCAUUGGCUGGCAAUGACUGUUGCGCGGACUGUGGGGCGGCUAAUCCCGAAUGGGCCAGCCUAAAUUUGGUCGUACUCAUCUGUAUCGAAUGUAGCGGUGUGCAUCGGGAACUGGGCACGCAUAUUUCUCGGGUUCGCUCAGCCACCCUAGACACGUGGACCCGGGAGCAUUUGGCCGUGAUGGCUUCGUUCGGGAACACACUGGCCAAUUCGGUCUGGGAAGCCUCGGCC